CACUAUGCCCUAAUUCCUCUUAUGACUGAAGUUGACGAGAACCCCCAUCUUCAAGCGUGCGCCUCCGACGUCAAUCCUAAAGACCUUCGGCCACCUCCUGUGCUGCGUUCGUCACCAUCUUCGGCUUUCCUAUCUUUGACUGUCGCACGCAAAGAUAAACUGUGGCAAAACAUUGUUCCACGCUGUAGAAGCAAGAAGAAGCAGGGCCAGGGAGUAGAAGCUUGUAGUUCCUGA